GUGCGUGUAGUACGAUACGGGAUGGUAAUACAAACACUUUAUCAUCCGAUUUAAUCUACACACUUCGAAAAAGCGAGCGCUCGGAAUGGUCGCGUGAAGAAGCUAGUCGUGUUGAGAAGUUUAAGGGCCCGUGCUAUUUUUCCGGUGCUGAAAUCGGCCCCCCACACACAGCCACCUUUCCGGUUACUGCGCGGUGGACAGUGAGGUGAAUAGAUGAAGUGUCGGUGUUCGAUUUAGUGGCCGAAGUCGUCGCUAAAAGUUGCAUUUUUCGCCUGAGCUUAGCUCCGAAUCUCCAGCGAAUCUGCAACGCGCUUGUGUGUGUGCGUGCGUGUGUUUUACGUUGGUGGUGUGUGUGUGUCUGUACAAGCCCCCCCCCUCCCCUUGUUUCGGUGCAUUGCUGCACAUUGAUUUUGUCGCCCCGUCUUAGCGGCGGAAGGGCAACAAAGGGUAGAGAAAAUCCCACCCCCGGGAGUGGAGUGUCAGUGUGAUUGGUGUAGAAGGGGGGAAAGUUGGCAACAACAACAACAACAAAAAAACCAGUGAAGUGCAUCUUGAAGCAAUUCCUUUGUCCACCCAAGCGGCGCUCUAUUAGUCAAAGGAGGGGGUGGUGACACUACCCCCGGGCACCACCUACACCCGGCACCCGGUUCCGGAUGGUACCGAGUGUACGGUACACCGUGCCGUGGGUGCAGCAACACCGAGCCGGCAGUCACCGAUGGUGAUCGAACGCCGCCAAAGUGGUCGUUAGUGUGCGAGAGCGAACGUGAAAGCAGGUGAAGUGAGCAGCAUCCAACCUCCCCCCUUCCCGUAACCAUCGCGCCAACCAUCAUCCAUCCAUCCGCCUCACCAUGUCCAGCCGCGUGCGGAAACAUAACGAACCGAUGAAGGCGUUCGUGCCCGUCAGCUCGCUGCUGCUGAGAGGCACCGGAUCCAUACACUGCACCGGCGGAAGCUCCGGUACGGCGAGCGGCCAGCAGGCCGGCAGUCCGAGCAGCAUGACGGUCGGCAGCGCAGGCUGUGGAACGGCACCGGGCCCAACGUAUGGCAGCGGGGCAGGAAAAUCGCUCUCGGCCACGCUGUCCCCGCCCGUCCGGCACAUCUCGCCGGAGCACGCCAUCUGUGGCAAUCGGAGCCCGGGUGCACUGACGGGCAAAGGGAAAAUUCUCAACGACGGUUGCAUACGGCGCACGGCCUCACUCGAUGCCCUUUACCUGCGCCCCGCCCCGGCCUGGAGCCUCGUCACGCCGACGCUGCUCCAGCUGGACAAAGCGACCCAGACGGAGGAAUCGUUCCUGGAGCGUGCGCGCGGCGGCAGCGGUACCACCACCGGCGGCGGCAUGCUUUCGGCCGGCCCGUCCUCCUCCCAGACCACCGCGGACGUGGUGAUGGGCCCGUCCCCAUCGUCCACCUCGUCGUCGCCGGUCAUCACGCGCACCGAUGUGACGACGCCGACCGAUCUGAAGAUGGAGAAAGUGAUACGACAAAGACUGCAGCGCACGCAUCGCGGCGAACAUUCCGUUAGCUCCCAGACGCUUAGCCCUAAUCAUGCAAAAGCAAGCCCAGUGUCGAUACCAACACGUACCUGUCCGCCUGUACACAUACGGCCGAUGCGCAACUCGGUCGAGGGUCUGAACCAGGAGAUUGAGAAGCUGGUCCUUUAUCCGGGCCAGCAGCACAGCUGCCGGGCCGAGCUGGAGAUGUAUUCGCGGGGCACACCGGAAGGCCACCGGGCACCGUUGGCGGAUCUGUUCCACGGUGCCGGUGCCGUUUCGCUCGUCGGCGGUCCCGGCGAUACGCGCUCGGUCAACACGCAGACGCCGCUGGGCGAUACGCUGUCGUCGGACGAUGGCAGCCAGAGCACGUCGCCGGACGAGGGUGCCGUCACGACGAGCGCCUCGCCUAGGAUCAACAAAUUCCUGGCCCGCGAACCACCGGAUGGUUGUGAAAAGGUUAAUUUAAAACUCACUGAAGCCGAUACCAGUACAAACACGGCCUGCUUCAAACCGUGCACUACCGCAUUCCAGCUGAAACCAUCCUUAGGAUCCGCAUUCCAGCCACUGCAACCGUUGCCGACGCUUAAAACCACGCCGGAGGAUGACGACGAUGCCGGCGAUGACGCUGCGGAAGGUGCCGCGGCGCAGUAAGAAGUACGCAAAACCGCGGUUCGCAUUUUAAACUCAAAUCGAUUUGCCUUAAUUUGUUUUAUUUUACCAUUUGUUCGUUUGUUUGUUGUGGCCAUUUGUUUUUUUUUUUUUUUAUCUUGCAAACAACCUACCGAAAGCGUUACAGAACGCGUGCGGCGGUUGCAUAGUUUUAGUUUCUCAAUUUUAACCCGUUUCUUGUGUAGUUUGUGAAACGUCCAUCGCGAUUAUAUUGUCUUUGUUUUAUUUAUCUUCGUUUCCAUUAAAUGAAAAAAAAUACACUGAUCAAAGAGCGAUUGCUGUAAGUUGCAAGAGAACGAGUAUGAUAGCUUUGUAAAACAGUUAAGAAAACAUGUAGAAGAAGGAGAAGUGUAGAUGGCGGUAGUAGGGAAGAAGAAGAAGAAGAAGAAGACGAUGACUGAAUGGAAUGUGAAUGUGAAUAAUAUACAAACAAUUUUGUAUGGCAUUUUUUGAGACAAAGCUACAAACAAAAGUAUUUCUUUACUCUGCCCUGCGUCACACACCCAUACACACACAGCAGCAGCGAUGCAGGUAACGUGCGUGAGGGAAAUUAAGACAGAAGGACAGCACGUUUGUACGAAUCAAUAGAAAGCGGGAUAGUGUGGGACGCCCAAUAAGCCCAAUGUGCGAACAAUAAGCGACUGAAUGGCGAUGAGUGAAGAAAAAGCGGGGAAAACGAAACCUUUUGUCGAAACCUAGAGAAGCAUCUUCUCACGUCAAUAUGCAAAAACAAGUGCAAACCCACUCAACUCAAGUAGCAUUUUUUGGAAGGCAUUUUUUUUCUAUCAAAAAUACUCUACGGUGCACCUGCUAGGAGCGCCGGGCCGUGGGGCCCAAAAAUGGUGCGGGUGCGGGUGCGCCGUAAAGUUGUGCAGCAAAUACAAUAAAUAAUCAAAUCCUAUAUAUACAACCACACACAACUCCUGCAAAAUGAAACCACUUAAACAGUAUACAACAUUACAAGGUUUGUCAGGAGUUCUCAUACUUGUGGGAUAUUUUUAUGACUCUUACACGAAAUGAACUUACGAGAUGUGAAAGGAAUUGGACUCUAUAGUACCCUUUUUGGACAAAUCCAACAGGAAUUUCCAAUGAUUCUGUCAUCCACUGAUGUUCCAAUGGGUGAGGGUUGCCAUAGAGUCCAAUUACCAACAUAUAAGAUUCAUUUCCAAUAAGAAAUAGUCAAAAAAGAAUCCCACAGCUAUGAGAACCCCUGAAAACCCCUGUAGCAAAACGAAGUGUGUUAAGGCAUCGGUUUAGACGCCGGGACACGGAACAUUAUUACAUUAUUGCUUGUACAAUUACACUAACGAUGAUAAACACCACUAUAUGAGGCUCUCGUCCGUGUGUUGCGAUGGAUUCAUCGCACGACGGUUAUGUUUUUUUGUUUGUGUUCUGUUUCUGUUCGUUUUUUUAACCUGCCAUAAAAAGAUACGUACAUGUGUGUUGUGUUUAAAAGAGUUAAUUCAUAAUUUUAUAAAGCUCGUUUUUUUAUAACAAUUUAACGUAUGAAGUUUUCUUUAUAUUUGUUUUUCUUUUCUGCAUUAGUGAAACAUAACAAAAAAAAAAACAAUAUAUUAGCUCGUUUCCAAAUAGUGUUUGAGUUUUAAUGAUUGCUUGAUUGUAAGUAGCAAUUUUCUAACGACUAACCUCACGAAACACCAUCCUGCAAAUGAGCACGUGAAGGUGAAACAUAACAAUAAGAUAAUAAAUAGUAAGUACAUCUAAACACACACACCUACACACACACACACAGUAACAACAAAACCAAACAAGUAGAAAGAACAGAAGUAAUAGAAAAAAACAGCGAGCAAGAAAUACAAAACCCAAAAUACAACCAACCAAUUCAUAUGCAAUAGAACGGAACACAACAACAUAGAAUCAAAACGAGCGACAGUGGCAUUAAUAACGCGCUAGGCCAUUUCGAACAAGCAUACUUUAUAUUUUCUCUACGACAUCUUUUUCAACAACAGAAACAACGGCAAACAACAGAAAAUAACAAUGAUAAAGAAGGGAAUAACGCGUGAAAGUGAAAGAUAUACACGUGAUGUGGCGGAGAACAUGCAGAGGAAUAGCAUUGCAAUUGGACCAACAGCAAGUAAUGAGAAGAAAGAAAGAAUGAAAGAGAAAUAAAUGUAAAAGCAAAUGAAGUAAGAAAAAGGCAGUCAACGUAAGAAGAAAACAUUCCGGUCUGGUAGCACUAACCAGGAUGAAAUUGAUUCCGUUUUUAAAAUGUAAUGUUUUGUUCGUAUUUGUCAACUCAAGGCACACGGAAAAGAUUGAAAAAAAAAUACGAUGUUUAGGAAAUUAUUCUUAUUCGCAAAAGAAGUAUAAAAGCGUGAUGUGAUGCAAGGCGUAAAAAAAUAUCAUCAAACGUAUAGUGUAAAACAACACGACGCACGACGUACCGAAACGACGUACCAACUGCUGCAGCUGUACACGAUGCGCGUAACGAUCUACCAACUCCCAAAUGAACAAUGUACAAAUCACUCAUCUUAAGACAGCGUGGCGGAAGCAAGGUGAAUGCAAGGAAACAACCGGCCGCCGCGCUAUGCGUUGUUUUUGCGUGUGCAAAUCUAAAUGCUUGUAGCUUGCAUAAUUUUAUAAUGAAUUUCUCGUUUCAUUAGCGAAGUAAGCAGAUUAAUUUUGUCGAUUGAUAUUUUUUUUAAUAUAAUCAUGUUGCAACUCAUUUAUAUAGUUUCGUUUUUAAAGUUAUCCCUUUUAAUUCAGUAAUUAUUUGCAUUUUUUUGCUAUUAAACCAGACAUUUUAAAUAAAA